GCCAGAAGUAGAAAAGCAGCGAGUUCUUCAACAUAGAAAUCUCUCCAUUGAAGCCCCUGCAUAAAAACAAUGUCCGCCAAAAUCCUCGUCAUCGGCGCCGGCGAACUCGGCACGCAAGUCCUACACUUCCUCGCCAACCACCCCAACCGCAACCCCACCGACACCCAAAUCUCCGUCCUCCUACGCCCCUCAACCCUUUCCUCAACGGACCCAACUAAGAUCGCCAAGAGCACCGCCCUCGGAAACCUCUCCAUUGCCCUGGUUCCCGGUGACAUUGCCACCGCCAGCGAAUUAUCCCUCAGCACACUCUUCAAGAACUACGACACAGUCAUAGGAUGCACGGGCUUCGCCGCGGGCCCAGGGACGCAGAUCAAGCUCGCGCGCGCGGUGCUCGCUGCGGGCACCCCAAGAUAUAUCCCCUGGCAGUUUGGGGUGGACUACGACGUGAUUGGGCGCGGGUCCGCGCAGGACCUGUUUGACGAGCAGCUGGAUGUCCGCACCCUUCUCCGCUCCCAAAGUAAAACGAAAUGGGUGAUUGUGUCUACAGGGAUGUUUACCUCGUUCUUGUUUGAGCCUGGAUUUGGGGUUGUGGAUUUCGUCGCGAGCCAGGUUGUUGCGCUGGGCGGGUGGGAGAAUCGUGUUACUGUUACUGCUGUUGAGGAUAUCGGGAAGUUUACAGCGGAGAUUGUGCUGGGGAUUCACCAGUCUGAAGAGGUGUUUGCAAAUCAGCCUGUGAGGGUUGCGGGGGAUACGAUUAGUUAUGGGCAGCUGGCGGAGUUGGUGGAGCGGGUUACAGGCAGGAAGUUUACAAGGAAAGUCAGGACGGUACAGGCUGCGAAGGAGGAUCUGAAGCGUGAGCCCGGAAAUGCGCUAUACAAGUACCAGGUUGUGUUUGGGGAGGGGAGGGGAGUGGCCUGGGAUUUGGAGGAAACGUGGAAUUACAAGUUGGGUAUCAAAGGGGUGAUGGCGGAGGAGUGGGCUAGGAAGAAUUUGAGGGUUUGACUGGCGCUCUGAGUUUUUUACUAGGAUGAGGUUGUAGAAAAUAUCCAGGGUUUCGUUUAUUUCUCAGAACACACAUCCCUCUUGAUGGUGAUGGCUAUACUACAU